GUGGAUGUCCAGGCCCUGAACAACCAGGUAGGAGACCGAAAGCGUCGGGAAGCAGCAGAAAGAAGCAAGGAGGCAGCUUAUGGUACCAGCCAGGUGCAGUAUGAUGUGGUAGUCCAGAUGUUAGAGAAGGAAGAGGCAGAUCGAACACGUCGGCUGGCCAAGAAAGUCCAGGAGUUUCGGGAGCAGAAGCAGCAGCUCAAGAACGGGCGUGAAUUUAGUCUUUGGGAUCCAGACCAAGUCUGGAAGGGGCUUCCAACCUAUCUUAGUUACAGUAAUACCUAUCUUGGUCCAGCCAGCCUGCAGUACUUCUCUGGGGAAGACCUAGACAGGGCCACACGGCUGAGAAUGCAGCAGGGGCAGUUCAGGUACAACUUGGAAAGGCAGCAGCAGGAGCAACAGCAAGCCAAGGUUGAUGAGAAUUGUACAGAUGCGCUCAGUAACCAGCUGCGCCUCGCCAUGGACGCGCAGGCCACCCAUCUGGCCAGGCUGGAGGAGUCCUGUCGUGCGGCCAUGAUGUGUGCCAUGGCCAACGCCAACAAAGCGCAGGCAGCUGUGCAGGCUGGGCGUCAGCGCUGUGAGUGGCAGCGUGAAAAGAAGGCCAAUCUUGCGGAGAUCUGGCACCAGAGCACAAGUGACCUACUGACUGAAAACCCCCAGGUCGCCCAACACCAUACAGCUCCCCACCGGGUCCUGCCCUAUUGCUGGAAGGGCAUGACUCCAGAGCAGCGAGCUGCCAUCAGGAAAGAGCAGGAAGUACAACGCUCUAAGAAGGAAGCUCACCGUCAGGCUGAGAAAAUACUGGAUACUGAAUGGAAAAGCCAGACCAUGAGUUCAGCCCAGGCAUUGCUGGAGCUAGAAGAGCAGGAGAGGGAAUUGUGUGCUAUAUUUCAAAGGGGUCUAGGCUCUUUCAACCAGCAGCUGGCUAAUGAGCAAAAAGCCCAGCAGGAUUACCUGAAUUCAGUAAUCUAUACCAAUCAACCUACAGCCCAGUAUCACCGGCAGUUUAACACCAGCAGCCGCUAAGUUCAGGAUGUUUAUCUCUUCCUUCUCCUCCAUCAAGCUCACAGGCAGUUAGGAGUCCAAGAGAAAAAUGCUGCAUACUCCCACCUUCUAACCUAGGUAAUAAAGUUCUUCACUCAAAA